GGGAUCAGCAGUGACAACCACAGUGUGCAGACACUGUCCAGGAGCGGCACUGUACUGCCGGGGGUCUCGUGUCAUGUAGUCGUUUUCUGGGGCCUUUUGAGCUUGUUUUUGUUGCCCAAUUCAGGCCUUUUGUUUUAAAAACACCAAAAGCUCCUUUCUCCUCUUUUGAUUUUGCUCUUCUGCAUCCCUCGACAACGAUCCCCUUGCGUGGCGGUCUCGUCGAUCUUGCUUCUCAGCUCCCUUGAAUGCAAUGGCCGCCUCUAUGAUUGUUCCUCUUUAGCACCCAGCUUCUGUCGUCUCUUUGCCGCAUUUCCCCCAACGCUUCGUCGGUGUUCAAGCCGAAAAACACGCACCGCUGUUUCUUUAAUACCUGCGAGCACUUGCAUGACUACCUGUCUUAUCAAACCAACCGUCUUCAAGCUUCAAGUAACUGCCCGCGUCUAAUCUGCAUCUCGGCUUAUCUGCGUCACCACCCCACGCCGACCCUGUCUUAUCGAAACCCGGACGAUCGCUUCUAUCAUUGUGAAUAAAUAAUCAUUUACAACCAAAACACUUGUCAUUUCUCAAUAGUAAAUAUGGCUCGUUUUGUCGAUUUAGAAAUGGAAGAUGGGCCGGACGAUGUGCCACCGGAUUACGCUCAGGCACAGCCCGCUCAGGCCAGCGGUGUAAGCGAGCCUCUUCAAAUCAUGGCUCCUAAAAACGAGACCGCCAUGGCCAGAGCCCUCCAGUGCUAUCCAAUUGCCAUUGCCAUUGUAUCCUCCAUCGAUCUCAACACGCUAGACUCCCUGGCUCGAACCAACCGAUCGACAUACACCACCCUCAUCCAGUUUCGUGGUGCUCUUAUUUCGUCAACGUUGCGCUGCACCAACGAGAAUGUACCCCUAGACCCUGAGCAAACGCUGCGGUUUCGUGCUAGAGCCAUUGAGGGCUCGACAUUGACCAACAUCUCCAAGGCUGGAGACUGUGCUAGGGAUAUGGUGUCCGAGUGUAGACGCUGCGCCACUGUGAUUUGCAGAAACUGUGCCAUCAAGCCACCCACAGCCGUGGCGCUGCGUGAGCGUCAUCGCCGCAUCUGCAAAACCUGCGCCAAAGCAUCGCUCAACGCCGUUUCUAGCCCACCACUUGAUGCUGAUCUGCCUUGGAGUUCGGACAUUUUCGGCCACGCGCUUUGCAAUUGCUCCUCGGGCGGUGUUUGGCUCUGCCAACCAUGUGGUCGCGCUGUACGAAGCGCCGACAAUGACUACCAAGCCAUUUGGCGUUGGAGAGUCCAAUAUGGUGAAUCUCUCGGUGGCCUGGGUACUGGAAUCGGUGAUGGUGACCGCGGUGUCAUCUGCGGCAAGGAGCGCGAGUGCCUAGCUGCCCGAUACAUAGAGCAGGAGAUGGAUUGCGACGCCGAAGAUGCCAAGGGCAGUCCAAUUGGAUCUGCAUGGUCACAAUCUGACGCUACUGGAGGCUCAUACGCAUCCUCUUCUUCUGGCAGCGGUAGCCAUUCGCCUAACUCAUACUUCCCACGCGCUUCUUCCUCAGAUAGGGCCGGGUCAAGAUCUUCUCAGAACAUCGAAUCACUAAUCGACGAGUUCAGAGCCCACGACCGCACCCCUUCGCCUCUCUAUGGCCCUGGAUAUGAACGCCAUGAGAUUGAAGGUAUUGGUGGUAUCGUCAAACGCAAGAUUGUGCGUAUGGUUCGAGUCGGUGCUUGCGUGCCGGAGUGGCAAGACGAAAAGUCGCAUUUUCCAGCUGUGCCCGGCUCCCGCGUCUUAGGCCAUGAGGUUCGCGGUGAAGUUCGCAGCUGGUGUGGCUGGUGCUCCCGGGUUGUUCCUGGCAAGAAGGAUCUCAUUGAGAUUGCAGCCCGCGAUGCGGCCCGUCAGCCGAGUACUCCUAUCUCGCAUCCCAUUGUCCCCAUGCAGACAAGACAUUCGACUCUGCCAGUCAGGCCAGCAAUUCACAAGAUGGUUGGUGUAUCUGUUUAAAUGCCAACCUCCCACCAACAUAACACACUCUUUACACCAUCCACGCCCUUUGUACCAAGCAACAGGGGCUCUAAUGACUUUUUGAUUUUGAUAAAUUUUACGAUCAUUUACGCAUAGUUUACUGUAUAUUCUUUUACUGCACGUGUGCGGACGUAUCCGGACUUACAUGAGCCUCCGCGCCAGGAGUUAAUACACCUGCCAGCAUUCAGUGCUGUGAUGCUUUGACAAACAUUGAACAUAUUACGAGAUGAAAUGGAAUAGUGAUAUAUGAAAAUUGGUAGUUUUAAAUUCUAGUCUGGAGGAGUGUCCAUAAACAUAGCUAUAGUUACAAGUAGCUCAGCUGGUGCGUCUGGCAUUUGCAUCUUGCCGAGACCGCAAGCCAAGACUGAGAUGGAAUUGUGUUAAUGCAUAAAAAAAGGAAACCGGAUGAUGAGUGUCUGCAUAUCCGCGUAGAAAGUGUAGGCUUCGUGGGCGUAGAUCCAGCACUGCGACUGCAGCCAACCCUUUCCUUAGAAAACUUUUUGAAGAGUAUAAUAAUACAACAAGGAUAUCAACAAGGUUUCUCCUCACAUCAACUAAAUCUCGCCACGGAGAAGCAUAUCCUGUCUCUGUCUGCGCUGUCUUCUAGCCUCCGUCUUCAUCGGACCCCAUCUCUCUUGCUGGCGCUCACUCUUGCCCUGUAGCCAUGCGCGGUGCGAUGCUGAUGCGGGUGCCGCGAUUCUAACAAAGUUGUCAGAGCACUUGAAGCGACGCGCAAGAGCGUUGAUGCUCCAUGUGAGCGGGUCCUCUUCGCGAAGCUUGCGCAUCUCCUGAACAUCGGCCUGUGUGAGGUGAUAGGAGGGGGCGUUGCCGCGGUUCUUGGCCAGCGCACUCGGGGGGAGCACCCUCGUCUCGCUGACACCGGGGAUAUGAGAGUCUGUGGAUUUAGCCUUGAGGCGCAUGCGUUCAAUGGCUGGGCGUCUGGGGUCGUUUUGAGGAAGGAAGAUGAAGGGCGUGUGGUCGGGAGAGGCUUCGGACGCGGGCGGGUUGUAGACGAUGGAUGUGGCGGCAGGGAAGGCAGUAGAGCGGUCGGGCAUAAAGGAGGAGUGAGGGGCGAUUUUGAGAGAUCGCUUCGUUCGUGCUGUUGUCUUAUGGCCACGAGUCGUGAUAAGAGGGCUGAGAGAGGUGGUUUGGCGAGUGGGAGCGAGUAGCUGGACGACCGGUCGCGUGAGAAGACGGGCCUCCAUGGUGACGGUCAAUUGGGUUAUAUAUAUGUGACAGAUGGAUAAUUGUUGCUAAUAGAGGAUGAGGGGCCGCAAAUGAUCGUGUCUAUUUGCUCGAUUGUGAUGAGAAUUGAGGAUGUCGGGGAAAAGGAGGUCGUCGAGCGAUUGGGAUCCGUUGCGCCUGGGGGGUGAAGAAUGGGAUUGUGAAGCGCUGAGGUAUUGGAAUUGCGCGACUUUUGAGAAUUUGGAAUUAGAAAUUUAUACAGGCAGAGAAUUUGUAAUCCGGCGAAAUGCUACCGCUGUAAAACGGGUGAUGAAACGACAACCGCCAAAUAGCGAACGAUCAUUC